UUGUGUGCUGAAAAUCAAGAAAAUAUUGAUUCCAGACCAAAAAUCUUGCCAACUGAUGAUUAUAUGAUGGCAGGCCGUGAAUCUGGCCGAGAUUUCGCGAAAACUUCAAUGGAUUUUCUGACAUAUGGCUUGGAAGAUAGAGAUAUCGAUAAAACUCGAGAUUUUCUACAAACAUUUUUCGAUUCUUGUCGAAAAAACGAUGAAAAUCGAGAAAAUGAGAUCGUGAAAUUGAAAAAUAUGAUUCAGAAAUUCGGAGGAAUCAAUUCUCUAUCUGGAAAUUGGGAAGAUCUCGCAGCUGAAACUCUGAUUCUAGGAGCCGAUUCGAUGUUCACAAUAAAUGUGGCACUUUCACAAACUGUAGCUGGAAAAUAUAUCCUAACAUUUUCACCGUUUGAAAUUUUGGAGAAAAAUAGUGGGCACUAUGAAAAUCCGAUUUUUGCGGAGGCUUUUAAAAAAUAUAUUGGAGGUUUGAUGAAACUUUUGGAUUUGGAAAUGAGCAAAGACGAUGUGAGGGAUAUUUUUGAAUUUGAGAGGAGAUUAGCAAAUGUGAGUGUUUUUGGGUACUGUAGAAUACUGUAAGCGGAAAGUUGUAAAAGUACUUGUUUUCAGCAAUUCCAUGACUUUCAGCACAAAAUUUGGGUCCAAAAUUUGUGAAUUUUUCCAGAUUACAAGAAAUGGUAUGAUUGGUGGAAAACUAACAACCCUCGGAGAAUUCAAAACCAAUCAAACUCAAAUCAACUGGACAAAAAUUCUCAAAAAAGUUUCAGUUGACAAACUUCCCGAUCAUCAAACACAAAUCAAUCUAACAAAUCCAUAUUAUUUCGAAAUGUUGAAUUGUAAAAUCAAAGAAGUCAAACCGGCAACUAUUAAAAAUGCUAUAAUCUGGCGACUUAUCACAACUUUUAGUCAAGUUUUACCUUCGAAGUUUGAAGAACCUUUGAAUGAAUUAAGAAAAACAAUGAAAUCCAAUGCAAAAUUCGAAAAUCGCAAUGAAUUUUGCUAUAAACAGGUUACAACUCAUCUUCCAAUGGUUUCCGCGUCAGAUUUUAUACCAACAUAUAUCUCAGAUGAAUCAAGAUCCAAUAUUUCGGAAAUCUACAAUAACCUCAAAACAGUUCUGAAGUCUCGAAUUCAAAAAUCUUCGUGGAUGGAUCAAGAGACCCAAAAAAAGGCGCUGCACAAACUGGAAACUAUGAAAUUGAGAAUUGGAUUUCCUGAAAGUCUCCUAGAUAAGGAGAAGACAUUGAGACCUUAUGAGAAAUUGAAAUUGAGUAACAAUUCCUUUUUGGAAAAUGUGUGGCAAGUUAGAAAAGUGAAUUAUGAGCUGGAGAUUUUGAAGCUCACCGAGAAAUCGGACGAUUUUAUUGAUUGGCCUACGGUUGUUCAUAGUGUAAAUGCUUAUUAUCAUUUGCAUACAAAUCAAGUGGUUUUGGCGGUUUCGAUGUUAAGGUGAGUUUUUGGGCCUGAAGAAUUGGGCCAGGUCCAAUUAUUUAGGUCGUAUACAGGUUCCUGAAUGAUUGCUCAUGUUAAGGCGAUCAUUUUGCAACCGGAUAAGCCAUAGUUUUGUUCCAGAAAUCCAUUAUUCAACGCGGAUCUUCCCAAAUUUUUCCAAUACGGUGCUCUCGGAGCAUUUAUUGCGCAUGAAAUCACCCAUGGAUUCGACACCCAGGGAGCAAGUUUUGAUGAAUUUGGAAAUCUCAAAAAUUGGUGGAAACCUGCGACUUAUCAGAAAUUCGUCGAAAAAUCGCAAUGCUUCAUCGAUCAGGCGAAUUCGACGGUGGAACCGCGAACUACUAAGAAUUUCGAUGGACUUCAAACACUUGGCGAAAAUAUCGCAGAUUCUGGAGGUGUUCAGAUUGCUUUUGAGGCUUUUAUGGCAAAAAUGAGAGAGUCUGGGGAGAAGAAGCUGAAAUUGGAGGGAUAUGAGGGAUUUUCAGAUGAGAAAAUGUUUUUUAUGUCGUAUGCUCAUGUGAGUUUAGUUGGGGUAACUUCUCUAGACCAACAUUUUGUGCUGAAAGUCAUGGAAUUGCUGAAAAUCGCUGAAAAUCAACAUUUUCACGAUUUUCAGCUCAAAAUUUCAGUCUAGAAUUUUCAGCUCAAAAUUUCAGUCUGGUUGAUACAAAUUUUCGGAAUUUUUGGCACAAUUUUCUACAGUAGUUUUUGAAGAGUUUCUAGACCCAAAUUUAGUGCUGAAAGUCAUGGAAUUGCUGAAAAUCGCUGAAAAUCAAUAUUUUCACGAUUUUCAGCUCAAAAUUUCAGUCUAGAAAUUUCUUUUCCCCAAAUUUUUUAGACCAAAUUGUUUUUGAAUUUUCUAAAUUUUCUACAGAAACAAGUGCUCCAGGGUUUUUUUUUGCUCAAAUUUUCACUCCAAAUUCCAGGCUUCCUGCGAUCACAUGGAAUCCCACAAAGUCUCAAAACGUCUCAAAACCGAUCAACAUCUGUUCGGAGAAGCUCGCCUCAAUAAUGCUCUCAAAAAUUUCCCGAAAUUUGCAAAAGUUUUUGGCUGUAAGCCAGAAAAUCAAAUGGUGCUGGAAAAAGAGGAAGUUUGUGAAAUUUGGUGA